AUGAAGUCCUUCUCGAGUUCUGCCAUCAAUAAAUCGGGCAAGAAAUUCGCCCCCAAGGCGCCCGCCCGCCGAGCGGCACCUGCCUCCACCGCAUCCUCGAGGAGACCCAGUGCAACCCAGCAUACAGCCCAGGGUCAAGUCGCGCAGGCUGCGCAGCACGAGAAAGAUGUAGCUGCCACGGUCCCGCGGCCCUCCGUCGAGGCGGAACCCGCAGCGCCCGCUGUUGCUGAAGAGACGCCGACUGUCGAGUCAAUUGCCCCUCAAGCAACCACGGUCGCCUCAACCUCUGCGACGGCCAUUCCAAUUCCUCGACCGAAGCGCAAGGCAUCCAUUUCUAAACCAGCUCCUCCCCCAACCACUGCGAUCACCCCACCACCGACCCAGCAUGUCCCUCUCUCUCCUACGCCAACCACCCAACCUCAAUCUCAACCCGUUCCUUCAAUAGAAACCGAUAUCAACGAUGCCGACAUGGACCUUGUGCGCCGCGCUGUUCAAAGUUCAAACAACAUCCCUCCUGCAUCCGCCGGUGAAGGCUCAGCCUCCGCUCCAAGUGAAGCCCGGGCAGCGAAACGGGCCAAGAGGACAUCGGUGUCUCAACAAGCGGUUCCAUUGAUCGAAAGCACGAGUGCGACGCCAGCCGAAUCUGUACCGCCAUCUACCCCAGGCUCAAAUCGGACCGCUGCAAAGGGCAAGAAACGAAAGACAUCCAAAGUUGGGAUGCCAGAAGCGGAUGGAGACGCAGAGAAAGCCAAACGCGCUCGUCGCAAGAAGCGCGAGCCUACUCCCGAAGGCGCCGAGAUGGUGGAGAUCUUGCCGAAUGUGAUCAAGAUGUCGGAGCUCUGCAAGGAUCUGAAAACUGGCAAGAAGUCGAAACGGGAGACCGAAUUGCGCAAGAUGGAUUUGACAGAGCAGGAACGCAAGAAACGGCCACAGGAUGGCCAGGAAAGUGCCGAGGGGACGCCGAUCAAGCAGAAUGGCGAUGCCGAUUCAGCAACCAAAGACCGCCUGCCCGACUUUAAGCCCCAGUCUGGACCCGUGAUGCGCAUCGUCAACGGCGAGAUCGUGCUGGAUACUGCGUCGCUGCAGGUGGAUCGGCAUGCCGAUGCCGUACGAAGCGCAGGCGAUUUGGAAAACGUGGAGGAAAGUUCGCUCACACGCAAGAUCAACCAGUCCUCGUACGGAAAGCGCUCCAAGACCGAGACCUGGGAUGAGGAGAUGACGGAUCUCUUCUACCGCGGACUGCGCAUGUUUGGCACCGACUUCAUGGUGAUCAGCAAGCUGUUCCCUGGCCGAUCUCGUCGCCAGAUCAAGCUGAAAUUCAAUAAUGAGGAGCGCCGGGAUCCGCAUCGAAUUAAGGAAACGCUGCUCGGGCCUCGCGAGUCCAUUGAUAUUGAAACCUACUCGGAAAUGACGAAAACCACCUAUGAUGACCCCAAGGUCAUCCAGCAAGAACUUGAUGAUGAGAAGAAGCGCAUUGAGGAGCAGCACGCCCAGGAGAAGAAGAUGCAAGAGGACCUCUUCCACAACCCUGAAGGCAACAAAGAUUCGACAGCGGCAUCUGGUGGCGACAAGGCCAACGGGACUGCCGUCAAGGGCAAGUCGCGCAAGAAGUCCACGAUCAAGACUAUUGGAGGCGGGACCGAGGAAGUGCUCGGGUCGAUUGACGAUAUCCCUGCGCCUGCUUAG